CCCCACUCCACCCUACCCUUGAAACUGCAAAGAAUAUGUUCCCACAAAUCCCACAUUUCACAUACAAAAAAUAAAUUUUAAGAGACUGCAGAAAUAGCCUGUUAAACAUCCAAAAAACCUAUCAAGCCAGUUCUCAAGAUGUCCUCCACCCUUCUCCUCCUCUUCCUCCUCCUUAGCUUGGACAUCGCUGCCUCGGGGACACCACUCCGACCCGGUUUUUACUCAAAAACCUGCCCGGACGCCGAAUUUAUUGUUCGGGAUGUGAUAAAAAAGGCCAUGGUUAGAGAAACAAGAAGUGCUGCAUCUGUGAUGCGCUUGCAAUUCCAUGAUUGUUUAGUUAAUGGGUGUGAUGGCUCAAUUUUGCUUGAUGACACCCCAUACAUGCUUGGGGAGAAGUUAUCUUUGUCGAAUAUUAAUUCGUUAAGAUCAUUCGAAGUUAUUGACGAAGUCAAGGAUGCCUUAGAGGAUGCCUGUCCAGGUGUCGUCUCGUGUGCUGAUAUCGUAAUCAUGGUUGCUAGAGACGCCGUUGUUCUAAGUGGAGGACCUAAUUGGGAAGUAAAACUAGGUAGGCGAGAUAGCUUGACGGCCAGCCAAAAAGAUUCGGACGAUAUAAUGCCAAGUCCUAGAGCUAAUUCAACUUCUCUCAUUAAUCUCUUCAGCAGAUUCAAUCUCUCUGUCAAAGAUCUAGUAGCCCUUUCUGGCUCUCACUCCAUUGGCAAAGGAAGGUGCUUUUCUAUAGUCCACCGACUAUAUAAUCAAUCAGGUACAGGAAGACCCGACCCUGCCUUUGAACCGAAGUUCAGAAAGAAGCUAGAUAAGCUUUGUCCACUAGGAGGAGAUGGAAAUGUGACAGGGAACUUGGAUGCCACCCCAAAGAAAUUCGACAACCAGUAUUUUAAGGACCUAGUGAAUGGGAGAGGAUUUCUUAAUUCCGAUCAAACGUUGUUUACUCAUCCAAAGACUAGAGAGUAUGUGAGAAUGUUCAGCAGAAAUCAGAGAGAAUUCUUUGAGGCCUUCGUCGAGGGGAUGAUUAAAUUGGGUGAUUUACAAUCUGGUCGACCCGGAGAAAUCAGAAAGAACUGUAGGGUAAUCAAUGGCCGGCCACUGGAGGGGUUAAUUGAUGACUUGAAGGAUACAACAGCAGUAAACAACUAUUGAAGUUAGCUGACAAGUUUAAGUUGAGAAAUUGUCAACAUAUAUUGUUCUUGUCGAUAUAUCUGGAUGGUUUUUCUUUGGAAUUAUGCGAAAAACAAAUUCAGGGUUUACUCUGUAUUUCUUCGAACCUCUAUGUACUAUGUUAUUCAAAGUUUCUCGUACAUUAUUCAA